GCCCAAAGGACAAACAAGCAAGACAAAAGCCUCAAGAAAACGAAAAACAUGCUCACCGGGGCAGUCUCGCAAACUUUCUCGUUUGGUUUGCACCCGGAUUUGCUGAAAAAGCAGAAGACGCGUGUCUAUCAAGCGCGCAGAGAACCUCUGCGAGGUGGCUUAGUGGGGAAAAACGCAGAUGGAAAGGCAGCUGUCACGUUUGACGUGUACUUCAUCCCGGAUUUUCCGAAGACUUUUAUGGUUCCUCCGCAGCCACCUGUGCCAGCGGACGAGGAAGCAGCCGUCUUGGGGAAGCAGAGGAUCGUGAACAAGUGGAAUGCCUUUUGGACUGGGUUUACUUCGGCUUACAGUUUCUGGUUCAUCGAUGCGAUACCACCGAAAAAAAGACACUUUGCGGUCACGUAUGAGGAUGCCAGUAGCGGAGAAGGGCCACAGUUCUUGUGUGGUCUCAUUAGACACAUGGUCUUGGCGGAUGGUAUGCGAUAUCAUGCGUAUCUGAUGCACUGGCUGGCGUGUAUUUCCUUUGCGGUGUCGCAGAGGCAGCACGCGAGUCGAAGAAUAGAACGAGAUUCGUGGAAACAAGUAGAUGAGACAUUGCGCUCAAAACGAGGCACCGUUCACGAUCAUUGCACAUUAUUGUGCUCGAUAUUGUGCACAAUUGGCAAGGACGCGUACGUGUGCAAGGGAACGAUUAGACAGUUAUGCUGCCUGGUGGGUAUGAAAAUAGAGUGAACAAAUUCCUGGGGAGAACAAGAUAGAAUUCCUGGUGAAUUCGUUUAGAAAUCCUGGUCAAUUCGUUUAUCUUUAUCAUGUUUUGGGGGCAAAAAGUAAGAGCGGGACCCCCAGGUACGUAGCUAGUGGCUGUUCUUCCCUUGCACACGUACGCGUCCUUGCCAAUUGUGCACAAUAUCGAGCACAAUAAUGUGCAAUGAUCGUGAAUUGGCAAGGACGCGUACGUGUGCAAGGGAACGAUUAGACAGUUAUGCUGGUGGGUAUGAUUCCAAAUAGAGUGAACAAGAUAGAAAUCCUGGUGAAGAAUUCGUUUAUCUCUAUCAUGUUUUGGGGGCGAAAAGUUAGUAGCGGGACCUCCAGGUAGUGGCUGUUCUUCCCUCCACUCCAGGUGGAUAUUCUACUACUCAGAUUCCCCCAUAAGGGCUCAUUCUCUUUUUCUAACAUCCAAGAACGUCGGCAAAAACUUGCCGAAAUUUUCGAUGCACCGUCUCAAAGUUCCGAGGGAAACGCAGUAUACAGAGCACACUUGGGUCAUGACGAGGGAGACCGACGGUUCCGUCAUUCUAUGGGAGACUACUCAGGCCAUGACGUUCCAUCUAGGCAAGCGGUGGUGUGGCAGGAACGAAAAGCCUGUCGGAUAUGCAAGACUUAGAUGCAACCAAAACUUAGACCGAAAAUGGCUCACGCACGAAGACGAUCCGAAAAUAGCCACUUCGCAUAGUGUCUGGGAUCUACUCGGUAGACGUCGCGACGCUCUAGCACGUGUGAACAAGUUCAACACGUUACCGAUAGCGCCGAUGGAGGAAUUUGCGACGCUUAUGAACAAACGGACACGUCGUUUGUGGAGGAGGUCAAAACUUAGGGAAAAUUAGGGGACGAUAUUAUGUUCGUUCCCUAAAAAUUUUUCCUAAGAUUCGUAUGUGGCGGGUUUGAGCGUGUCCGUUUGUUUCUAAGACGCAAGCUGAGGCCACUGCUCUGCCCUACUAUUCGAUCGAAAUCGCUUUCAAUAGGGAAAAUGUGUGGGGGAAUUUGAGGAACCACGAUCCAGCUUGGAUCCGCUAUGACUUCCUAGACGAAUUACAAUGGAAACCACUCCUAGACCAAUACUAUGGCACGGACCGCUGGCUCAUCCGGUCGGAUCCGAAGUCCUGCGUAGUGGGUCCAGCAUUCGAGAAACAACAAGCACAAGUCUUGAUCGACAAGAUCCGACACGACGUCGAAGAGGCUCUCCGCUUUGCCAGGCUGCGGAUGGGCUUGAAUACGAAGUUGUACAGGAGUACCUUUUAAGCAGGUGGCUACUACCGCUGUUGAUGCAUCGUCAGCGCCAUCUUCCCUGGUGGCCCUUUUCUACUUGAAAAUGAAACAAGCAGGGAUCAUGAUGCUCUCAAGGAUGCGAACGCGGUAGCUCUAAAUCUUGCUAGCAGAGGCGUUGACGGACUUCCUAGAUCACAUGGAAAAACAGUGCCUUUUGGAUCCAGCGCACACGACAAAUAAGGACAAGGUGGAUAAAACGCUGAGAAAAGGGUCGUUUCCCUUCAACGGGAGUCUGUUUUAUGAAGGAAGACGAACUCUUGAUUUAGCUUGUUUAGCUUUAGGUGCGGAGACAGGCUCAGGGUCGUGUUGGUGUACUAGUUCAUAAUUUGAACAAGAUUAAAAAAUCUAAUAUCAUUUAAGAAUUAUUAGAGCACCAGCACUAUCAGCUUUGUACCUGCUCUACCUUCUUACGUUCUCGUCUUAGAUCUCCUCUUACAACACUCUUAGACCUCUAGUACUAACUUACAACAUUCUUCUAUACCAAGAACCUUGUUCCUCAUAACCUUACCCCUUUCAUCCUCGGCAAAACCUGAGCGACGCCAAGGGGUAUCCACAUCGUGCUCGCCGAGCUUGGGCCAGGUGGUGGAAGAAGUGGCAGGAACUGGACAUCCGAGUCGCUGGUCUGCCGGUUCCUGAAAACACGUUUUUUGACGCUAUUCCCUUCCAUUUUUCGACUAUGGACUUGCGGGAGAUCCGCGCUUAUUUGUCGACUAGCAAGGACGUCAGAGACCUCUUUUUGACCGAGAACGAGGAGACGGAAUUCGUAGUCCAUGCUUCGGUGUAUCCGUUGCAGCACGAGGUGGGGAGCGUGUGGGUGUUUGUAGGGAGACUGACGCCGAUGACGGAGUUGGAGGUGGAUGUGGCGGCAAGAGGGGAGAAAAAGAACGAAAAAGCCUUGAACGUCUUGAGGGCAGAGUUGAAGAGCAUCGUUUUGGCUCAAAUGACCGAGAGUCUCAGUGCGGCGGCGAGGGGGGGAUGA